AUGGCAUCACUGGAGUCCUUCAAGCUACGCCAAGUGGAAUCCCUGCAUGUGAAGGGCACGGACUAUAUCUCAAAUCGGCUACAAACAGCUGAUAGGAACCUGUUAGUCUGCUUGGAGUCGGGGCUUCCCUCAGAACCAAGCCCUUCAAUCGGCUUCAUCACAUCCCAGUGGUUCUCAGCCUGUGUCUCUCAGAAGGGGGUGGAGGAGGUACAUCAAGGCAAGCUGGAGAGGACAGCACCGGGAAGUCUAUCUGAAAUUAUCUCGCUGCUCGCAUUGCUGGAUUUUUUGACUGUGACACCAAGCAGCACUGGCUUUGGCAGCACAGCAAGCCGAGUACUUACUCUGAAGGUACGCGAGGGUGGGGCCGAGUGCGUGGCACAUGUUGAAGUGCGAGCAGUUUUUGGUGCACCCGACAUCGAAGCUGCACGACACACAGCCGUGAUCCAGCUGUUUCAAGGCAAAGAUUCCAAGGAUGCCGAAAGGAGCCUCCUGCACAUGCUACAGAGCCUCCGACCCCAGGAUCCAGAUUUGGAAAUGGAGUUGCAGGAAGCAGUGCAGUUGCUAAGUGCGGCAGCAUCAUGCUUGACAGCCCCUGAGGUGUCUACUGACCUGGCUGGUCUGCUGAGAGAACUGGGUAUCGACUGGGAUGAGUGGCGGAAAGCCUUCUCAGAAAGUCAUGAAGAUGCCAGUGUAGCAUUGGGACCUCUGGGCUUCGAGUUGUACCGUUGUGCAGUCUGCAACUUGCUGGAAUGCUUUAGUGCACUGGCAGGUUUCUAUGCUGGCGAAAGCAGAGGCCUGGACCCAGUGAAAGCAUCUCUGACAGUUCUGGCGACCUGUGCAGCGCCCUCCCAGUGGGCGCGUGAUCCGUUGAAGAGGCCAGAGCCCUCCGACGAAAUGUGCUCAACCCACGCUGGAUGUGUUGCUGCACUACGCUGCCACAUUCUUCAGGCGGUGAUCGAUAGCCGCUUCAGCCGCCUAUAUGGAGGGCCCUUCAAGAUCCAGAGCGGUCCUGACCAAGAUCCAAGACGAGAGAGGCGCUGGCAACAACUCUUUGAGAUCGUGGAUAGAAAUGGCAACGGUCGAGUUGAGAUGAGCGAAUGGCAGAAGGCGCUUGAAAACGAGGACAACGAGGAACUUCGGCAGCUUUUCCAAUUUGAUCAGAGACAGAUGCGAAGAUUGGCUAAAAAAUUGUUUGAAUCAGUGCAUGAGGAAGCAGAUAGUUGGGUGGACCUCGAGGAAUUUCGAAAAGCAUGCAGGAUGGCAGAAAAAUCUGAACUUUUGUGGCAUUACACCUAUAUGAUGGCUGGACGCGAGGCUGAAAAGGCAGAUGACAGGCCUCCGGAUCAAGAUUUUGCCGGAUUGAUCAACUGGAAUCGUCAUUGCUUGGAGCUCGGGCUCAUGCAGGAGGAUGCGCAUCUGAAGAAGUACAAGUCAGGAAUCAGUGCUGAAAAGCAGCUGGCAGACAGCAAGUUUCAGGCAUGGAGGAGACACUGCAGCUUCAUCCUGGGAUCAGCAGAGGAUGAGGAGGAACUCAGCAGCGGAGGGAAAGAUGCUACAGAAGAGGUUCUCAGCAGAGACUUCGACAGCCAACUCUUCAUCAAGAUAGCCUUCAACACCAGCAAGAGCUUUGAAGAUGUGGCACUUUUUGGUCAGCUGGCAGUCCUCCAGUCUCACAUCCUGGAGAAGAUCUGGAAAGUUCUCUUCCCCAAAUAUCUGCCUGAGGCAACUGGCAUAGAACAGUGUGUACAUCUCCAACUGGGUGUGCACUACAUCAUUCCGCGCGAAGUUGCGGGGACGGCCGGUGUGUACUUUUCUCUGGAGGGUUGGGAAAAGUGGAAAGCCCACUUGAGGGAUAGAAAGCUUCAAGAAGACCUGGAACCAACGCCAGUAAAUUCGCCAGUAGCCUCAUGCCCGGAUGUGUCAGAGGCUACUCGAAGUGUGAGCUCCAGCCGCAUUGCUCCUCCUUCAGAUGCCACGAUUCUGAACGGUGCCAAGGUGCUGAUGGAAGAGAACUUCAUGUCACCUCUGGGAGGUGGAGACUUGGAUGAACAAUUCCGUACAAGGCUGCCUUCAUCCAUCAGCCAGACCAUGGCGGCACCACUCACUAUUGAUUCUUUCGCUCCCUUCCAUCAGAUGAGGCCACCUAUGACGCUGGUGGACUUGCAUCCUUCAGGCUUGGAAUUCCAGACCAUCCAAGCACCACGACCUGACUCCCUCGGAAGUGCAGCCGCUGCUUCACCCAUGUCUUGGACCUCAUCCGAUGUUGUGCAUCAGCCGCUGACGCCGCAGGCGAAGAGUUCCCGACGGAAGUCCUCCGAGAGUGAGCGAUCUCUGCCUCCGAGAGCAGGAGCAGGUCCCAUGCCGCCCCCAGCUGAGGAGCCACAGGAGUUUUCGAUGUUCGCACGUCCUCUCCCACUUUCUGAUCUGGUUCCAGAGGCGGAUGCUGGCUCCGCAUCGUCUCCAGCGCAAAGUUUGUCGCUGCCGGAGGCGACCGUCGAGUUGCCGGCGACCGGAGGCGAAAUCGAGCCGGAGAGGCGACAGUCAGCCAGCAGUAUCCAGGCGUCCCAGCAAUCCGCUGGCGAAGCCGCAGAAUCGGCUUCUGGCACCGAAGAGUCAGGUGAAUCUUUGGAGACUGAAUCCCAAACAUCGGACGUUGUGCAAGGGCGGCUCGCGGUAGAGCUACACGCUGAAUUCAGGCGACGCCCGCGAGCAAACAGUCGACGGCGAUCGAGUAUCACGGAGGACAGUAGUGGCAAGCGUUUUAUGCAGAUGCUGGAAAAUGCUUUGGCAGAGAAGUGUGGCUUCCGUCCCUUGCAGAUCAAAUUCAAGACGCUGGAGUACGUGGAAAACGAGAACAAAGUCCCUGGAGGUUGGAAUGUGACCCUUUGGAUCUAUUCGCUGAAGCCAUCCAUGAACCGUGACACUGUGGCCAAACAUGUACAUUCUCUGCUUCAAAAUUACGAAGAGUGGGCUGGAGAGAGAGGAUCGUUUGGUGAUGAUGAUCUCUUUGGAAAGUAUGCCUGGGCAUGGUGCAAAUUCAAGGCAGGGAAGGAUCGGCCCUACGAAGAAUGCAAGCCUUCACUGACAGCAUCCACGCCCGUUGGACCGCGCCAGUCGAGUUCCUCCGGAGCAUUGGGACAGCAGCCGCAGGAGACCAUAACUCAAGACCUUCGAAUGGCCCCGGCGCCAGCUCUUCAGGACCACAGUGUGCUGUGCGAUGGACUUAUUCAAGUACAUUGUGACGUCGUCGACAAGCAGGGGCUGCUGAUUCAUUCCAUUGGUGGUAUCCGUGGAGACUUUCAAGCAGCGCUGGUGGCAGCAACGGGUCUUCCAUCCCAGGACGUCCAAGUCCAGGUGAUGAGAUCCACGGAGCGAGACCGGGACGUGGUGGCGUUGAAGGCUGCCUUGAUGCCCAAAAACAUUGCUUUGCCUCGACUGCGGAGUAUCCACAAACUGAUGUUGAACUUCAUCGGUGCCCCCAGCAGUUCUUUGUUCUUCCAGAAGUUCGAACCUGUUGGUGGGAUGCCCGGGGUGCCUGCAAUGCACGUCAGCACUUCUUGCCUGCUGGAGAACGAGGCUGGCAUGACGGCCACAACGCUUGUUGGGUCGCAGACGCAUUCGCACAUUGUAGCGAGAGUUGAUGUUGUGGAAUCCAAUGAGAGGACAGCACCAGGUAUGACAGGCCGAUCUCUGGUUGAAAACUUGACCAGCAAGCUGAAUCUGCCUUCUGGACAUGUGCGAAUCGACAAUGUUUGCAUGGUGAAACCCAAGCGGCGACGAAUAUUUUUGAAUAUCCAACCAAAGGAUGGCGCCACCAUUGAGGAGAUGCGGGCGCUGCAGUGGAAUCUCAGUGCGUUGGAUGUGCCGAGUGCAGACUUCGUGCACCAAUCCCUGGUCAUUGAGACCGCACUUUGCCAUGCAUUUUCGGACGAUACAGGUUCUUCUACGCAGCUCUGCUGCCAUUUGGAUGUCGCAGACGAGCAUGGCUGCAUUGGUCAAAAUGGAGGCCCUCGUUACGUCGCCGACUUCGUGCAGAUCUUCGCAUCCAUGGCGCUCCGUUUCUCUGGUCGAUUGGAACUUCGGCACCUUCGCAUUUGGCCCGGAGAGGAGGGAGAAUAUACGAUUGACUUUCAGAUUCCCGUGCAAAGUGCUUCCGACAUCCGCAUGGCUCAACAGAUUUUGUGGAGCCUGCACAGCCAAGAGACCGCGGAUUUGAUCCAAACAGACGACAGAUUCCAAUUCUUCAGGGCUUUGCGCAUUCUCCGACCGGUCCGCACAUCUGCAACGAAGCUGCUUCGGGAGAAUCUGCUGCAGCAGUUGCAGCCAACUUUGUGCCAUCAAGCUCUGGCCGAGAUCGAUGUGGUAGACCGGCUGGGCACCUUCUCCAGCAGCGGUGGAGGGCCUUUUGCUGCGAAUCUGGCGGACUUCAUCCACAUAGUCACUGGUGUGGAUUCCGCACGCCUAACUGUGCUUGGCGUCAAGGAAAUGUCCAGGAUGGAUCCGAUUUUUGGUCGAUCAGAUCACCUGCGGAAACAUUACAACUUGAAGAUCGAAGUGGACAUUUCUGAUUGCGUCAGCGAGAGCGAAGACCUCCAGCAGCUAUGCGAAAACCUGGGAGGUCUCCACAGAAACUCCAUUCAGAGACGAUGGCAAGAUUCUGUGCCGAUUCUCAAGCAGUAUUUCAUCAUUGGAGCAGCCUGCACCCCUCAUGUCGCACCCAAUCUGCCACGUAUUGCAGCUCACCUGGACUUGAUUUGCAAGGAUGCUGGCUCCAAGGAGCAAGGAGUCGCAUGGCGUGGCCGCGUAGCAAAGACAUUUAUCGAGGCUGUCACACAGGUAUGUGGCCUCAGAGGCAACCAGAUUGUUGUGACCUGCAUCCAAAAGACGAGAACCAGUGGGCAACAUGCCUUUUGUGUCUCUGGUCUCAAUGAAAAAAUGGCCAAAAUGGAGUUGGAAAAGAAGGCGGUUUCGGACACAGAUGAGCCAACGAAGGAAGAUGAACAAGGGUUGCAAGGACUCAAGAAUUGCUCAGCCCUUUCCUCUACUGGCUGCACCAUACAUUUCGAGGUGAAACCCAUUGGGUUGCACUCAGAGCUGAAGCAGCUGGCAUCGUCGUUGCGAAAGCUUCACAGUCAGGCGGUGAGGAGAAGAUACGCCAUGCUUCCGUUCUUUGAGCACUUCGAAUUUGACCUUGGAGUGCAGAUGCAGCACUCAAGCUCGUCAACGCCAGGAGUGGAUCAGGCUUCAGAGCAGUAUAUCUUGCCGCGAAGGAUUGGUACUGCUGGGUCUCCUGUCUUGCUGCGUCCUCCCAAUGUGCAAAGUCAGGAAGAUCCAGAGCACUUUGUUGUUUUCCAAGGGCACGCAGACAUCAUACAGCGUGGUGCUGCUCCAGCCGAGUAUGGCCCAUGCUUUGAGAAGCAGAUUUCUGGGUGGUUUCUUGAAGCUUGGCAGUACCACCUGGCAGAGUCAAAACUGGAGGUGCAGCCGAAUCAGCCAUUUGGCCAAUCGAUGAUAGUGCGACUUCCGGACAGCUACGGAUCGCUUGACUUUGACGGUCUCCUUAUCCAGAUCAUUGGUGUGAGAUUGCGAGAGGCACAAACCGAGAAGGUGCAAGUGGGUGCUCUGAAGCCAGAGGAGGUGGGCUUUGAGGCAGCACGAGUCACUGAUGGUUUCAAGGCCUAUGCCGUGGAUUUUGAGGUGCUCAGAUUGGCUGACUGGCGUCCCCAUGAGUCAAGCAAACACGAAACUUUAACGGAGCAAGUCCAACUGGCCCUCCAUGGAAGCCUCCUGCAAUUGGCUUUCAAGCCGUCCUUGAAGAGGGAUUUGAAAUUCUAUCGCCACUUCGAGUUUGAUCGCGGGAUACAGAUCGAUGACAUCUCGGGUCAAGGCUCAGCUGUGAGCUCCAAGACGCACCGCAGCACCACGCCCAGGACCUUGGAUGUUGCAGUGCGCUUCCAUGCGUCCAAUUCUCCAGCAGUGUCUCCAGAUGAGGUUAAGCAGAGAAUGGAAAAGCUGCUGGGUCUGGAGGCUUGCCAGCUGCAGAUUUUGGGCCUCGAAACUUUCGGUGAGCUUCGGGAGGCGAAAAUGAUGAUUCAGACACUGAGCCAUGCACCAGCUGUUGAAGAGACGGAGGCAAUCGUGGCCAAGUUGCAGUACCUCCAUCGAUGUGGUGGGAACUCCUCGUGUCUCCAUUCUCUGGGAGGUUGGAAGUUGGUCGCAGUCAUCAGCAAUUUCACGGACGAGGAGAUACCAGAUGAGUUCCAAGUUUUGUGCACUCUUCAACGUUCCGUGAAGGGUCAAGGCCAUGCAUUGGAGGAGUUCUUGCAUGAGCUAGCGCAGAAGUUGGGAUUCAACCCACGACGCCUUCAGAUCGCAGACGUCAGGAAUGUGGAAGGCGGAACUCUCAUCAAGCUCCAAAUCCUUGGCUUCAGCAGAAAGCGCGCGGAGAUGCUUAAGGACUUCCUGACCAAGGGUCAUAGCCUUGCUCCGGAGACGAUGCUCUGUGAUGUGAAGGUGGUGGCUGCCGCAGAUGCGCCUGUCGCAGCAGGGCAAAUUUGGACCCAAGAUGUGAUGCGAUGCGCGACACCGAUGCAUUCCGUCGACUCGGGCAAAGGCCUCAAGGAGCUGAUGGAGGAAUAUGUUGUGCGUCGGCCAGCAGAGAAGCCCUAUCACUUCUGCCUUCUGAAGCAAAUCGAAGACAUCCUCCGAAAGUUGCCAGACACAGGUGCACCAGAAGCUUUGAAGAUAGCACUGGGACAGCAAGAGAUUGCUCUGCCUCUCCUCCUCCAGUUUGGCCAGACAUUGAUGCGGGUAGUAGAAGUACAUGGAAGAGCACAAGAGAUCGCGCCAGAGAAUAUCAAGGAGUACUUCCUGAGUCAGGAGUGGCAGCCAGAAGAACUGCGCUAUGCUCUUCGUGUUCUAGCUUUUGUGCUCGCAUGGGACACUCGAGGGACCAGUGGGCCGCAAAUCCGACCUGCUGAUGUCCAAGUUCAUUUCGCCAGCUUCGUAGGGGUUUUGGUGAAGGUGAUGGACGUCUACAGCAGAUUUCUGGUCAAACUAGACGAGUCGGACUUGAGACGUGGACUAUAUAGACCCUGCAAUGUGCUUCAGAGCAUUCAAGCGCUGCUCCUGGGCAUCGAGUCGCAACCUUCCGACGAAAGUGCACUCGCAUGGCUUGCUGGCACCGACUUCUUGGAGAGCCUCAGUAAGCUCCUCCUCGAAAGCGACUGCCAGAACUACAGCUAUGUACAUGGACACGCAGUGGCACUGCUGUUCCCACAAGCAACGCAGAUGACGUGCAAAGCAUUCUCUGCCAAGCAGCAUGUGCAUUCGCAGCGGGAUGCCAUUUGCAAAAACGUCCUGAAGUUGAUGCGAGCCAUCCUGAACUGGGUGGAGAUCAAUGGAGCUCCCAAUUCGCCCAAUUGGAGCCGAAGUCUGGAGGACUCCAUCCUGAAGAUGAGCUUGCCACAGUUAACAUGGCUUCUGGAUAGGCUGAAUCUACCUCGCACAAGCGCCAGUGAUGUGCUGGGAGAAUUACGAGAGUGGACGAAGCUUGAUCUUUUCCAUGUCUUAGACCGCUCGUCGCUUGCACCAGCUCCUCCUAGUUGCCGGUCAGAACACGGGAAGGAUCCCCCCGAGGCAGAAAAGAGCAGUAGAAAAGUGCCAUUGACCACCAGUUGA